UGCCAAAUUUUUCCUUUAGGAAUGCAACUAAUGCUACUCCCUUAGCAGGGCCCGGUCCAACUGUUCGAGGACUCCUAAAUUUUUAACUUUUGUCAACUAACGAGGUCCCCCCAAAGAAAAUUGAGAAGAAAAGAAAAAAAAGACGAGACUUUUGGCACUUGGAGUUGGGGAGACUUGGCUGCUUCAUCCUUCGUUGACCACAAGUUCUCAUCGCCGGCUUUCUUCUAGCAAUCGUGAUGCCGAUCAUCAAAGGCCGUUCCUCCUCUGCUGCUGGAUUGACUUUGAUAGAGGAAAACAUGGCUGAUGAUGAAAUUGUUAGUCUGCUGAAGGAGGUGGACGAGUUAACUACUAUCUUACGCAAAAUACUGAAUAUCAAGAUAUUGCAAGCCAAGUUUUUUAUUGAAAAAGUUGGUGAGGUCAUCAGAGUAUUGGAAAUGGAAGGACCCCCAACUUUGCCGGUCCAAUUAGUUGAAGACAUUGCACCUCUUGCACUGCCUAUAGGAGAUUUUGCUCGGAGAACUGGGCUACUAAUUACUUCACCGUCAUAUAAUGAUUAUAGGAAGAAUAUUCGUCACGGCUGGGAACGAAUGCUGUCAAGAGAAGUGCCAGAAUUAGUAGAACAGAUUGGUUUAAAUGAGAAUAAGCUGGAGAAAUUUCUUGAUGAAUCUGACUUCUACAACUCCUGGGAAGAUUUACGCCAUAAUUCAGCCUUACUACCUUGUCGUGGGGCGGUGAGGAAUCUGCUUCAGUCUUGUCGAGAACUCAAAGACGCCAUGAACUUUUUCCGUGAAGCGGGUACUGAAUCAGCUUUUCUCUGUCAACAUCUAAAGUUCUUGGUGAGCUUUGCUCAGCUGUGCGAGCAUUCCAAUGAAUGGCGAUGUCGCCAAUUUGUGAAAGGCAUCAGGGAUGUUGCUAACAAAGCUCUUGAGGCGCUGGAAUGUGCAGAUAAAUAUAGUCUUAGAUUAGAGAUGCGGGAAUUUGAAAUAGGUGAGAUAUGGAGAUUUGGAUCAUGUGAAUUUGCUAUAGCUGAAAGGGAACAUUGUAUUGAGAAGGCGGUCAAGGAGUUUUUUGAUGGGAAAAAUGGCAAGCGAUUGGUUUUGUUGGAGACUUUAGGAGUGCUUCAUUCCUUCACGGAAGAGAUUAUUGAUACUACUCGUGGGAAACUUGGCAGCGAAGAUCCUCAAUCGCAUAACGCUUCAUUUGGAAGAAAUGGUUUUCCUUCACUGUCUCUGAUUCGUGAGAAGUUUGCUAGAGAAGAUCUUCCUUCACUGCCUAUCACGUAUUAUCUACGCGCUUUUCCUUUAAUUGAAGCAAGAAAAAGAAGAAGAGUUAAUAGUAGUGUUAUGUCUGGUAUCAGACGGCCUAACAAACAGGAUAAUUAUCUCCGUGCUUUUCGUGGAAAAAGAAGAAGUGUUAUUAGUGUUAAGUCUGCUACUAGAUUAGGGUUGCAAAUGAGUCGAAUUAAGUCGAGAGCUGACCUAAUCGAGUUAAAUCUCGACUUAGUUUUAUCAAGGUCGAACUCUAACUUAAUAUCGACGAGCUGCAAAUCUAAAACUCAAACUCGAGCUCUCGAGCUCAAGCUCAAGCACGUGCUCGAGCUUCAACAGUUGCAGCUCGAGCACAAGUUGUUGGAGCUCGAGCAUGAGUAGCUGAAUCUAGAGU